AUGUUCAUUGAAGCCCUAAUUAUAACUGCUGCUGUUGAGAAGUGUGAUCUACACGAACGUGUUGUCCUUGCCGUUUUACUAUGCGUAGGAAGUGAACCGAAAUGGAUCAUGCCUGGCUUCAUGACAGUCACCGCAUUGCGCAGUAAUUUCGUUUCGACUACUGCAAUAAUGGUUCUGAUUGUACAAAGUGUAGUGCAGCAGUUGAUUUCUUCUUCCCAACAUCAGGAGGAACUGGAACAGCAACUGGAACCCGAGUAA